GUGAGCAACAACAGCCGGGAUUCGAACUCACAACCUCUUGGUACGGAGGUAAGAUCGCCAACCACUGGACUGCGCACGCUACGCACGAAUUCUGUCGACUCCAAAGUUAUGACAUCAUCAUUUUUUCGCCCUCUAAAAGAUGACUGAAUAUUGAAAGAGGGGGGAGUAUUGCUCAGGGAGUUUGCGGGGCAUCCGGAUAGAACAAAACGAAUCCGGGCUUCUUUCGAGGAAGCAACAGAAGAGAUCUACUCAAGACUAGAUGCCCCGUGAGCCGUUGAGAGGCACGAUGACGCAAUGGACUUGAUUCGCCAUCAUUUGGAGAGUCCCAGCCUAAGUUCUAGAGAAACAUUGGAGAACGUCCAAGUCUACAGAGCGUCUGAACGAUUAACGCUGCUGUGGUUCACCAAGGGCACACCCAUCUCUCUACCUCAUCUAAGCAGGCUGAUAUACAACGUGAGCCACCACCCAAGCCCCACUGCCUAUCGUCUGUCCCUGGCGCGCCUUAGAGUGAGGCAGCAUGACUAACUAGCUAGCCGUGGCGCGCACCGGAUUCCACUUCAGCUGGCAAGGAGACUUUUGUACAACACGAACACCAAGGCGCCCCUCGUCUACCCACGUCCAUGCAAAUUCCGAGGAUUGAACCGGAUGAUGUCCUGAGAACUUGCGGUCUUCAAGGCAACUCCUGCCGAGCAAAGUGUGGAGGGACUACCGGAGUCAUACUGUGAGGGAAACACUGUAGCGUGUGUAAUCAGACCACAGCAGGUGCCCUACUGUGGAGAGACGAAUAUCAUGCCUCAUACACCGUUAUCCUUUUUCUUCUGGUGAAACGGACAUCACCGCAUCAUAAGGAUGCCAGCAAACUGAUGGCAGGACGUAGUAAUAAUCUCCAAUAGCCUUUUAUUUUUAACGUUGACGAUCAAUUUAUGGAAUACAGAGAUUGUAAUAAGUGCGUGGAAUGCAAUAACUGUUCACUCCAGAGGGUCCCUACGUUACCCGAGGCAGGUGUCGCUGAAAAUUCUGCAGACUUGGAGAUGUUGGUGAUUGUCAGACCUUCCAGGCUGAUGGCAGGGCCCUGUUCGAGUUCCGGUGUCCAACCCUUCUCACCGCCAGAUUGUGUUAUCGCAGAAGAGUAGGAAGCGUUUUUCCGGCAACAGCAACUUUCGACACAUGUUUUUCUUUUCUUUUUUUAAAGAAGAAAAGCUUAUGCUUUUAUUGGAUGGAUGAUCGACGUCAUCACAUUCUGCUCAAAAUGACUACAGGGUAGACCACAGUUUGAACUAGAGAAACUGAGAUUGGUGACGAGUUGUGACACGGUUUCUGGUAACCGGACAGAAGAAGAGCGGGGCUCUGAGAGAGCGCAAUGCGCUGGCAAAACAUCGUAGGAGGAACAGACAAGGGAGCGAUGGCGAGGGGCAGUAACAGAAGACACUAAACUGCGUGUCUAGUGAAGAAGUAGUAGAAGAAGGAGAAGAAGAAGAGGGAAGGGACGCAAGAUGCACCGGUCCAACAUGAAAAGAAAGUCUUCGGCGAAGGGGACGAACAUAACCUUCAAGUGUCCGGAUAAGGUGCUGUGUGUGGUCGUCAACAGGACGUCCUCCACCUGCAUUUUCCGUUUCCCGGGAGACAAGGUUCUGUUCUGCCUGGGACCGCUCCAUCCCAUCCGGAGGAUAGCCAUCUGUGUGGCAACCAACAAAUAUUUUGAGAUGUUCGUGAUGUGUACCAUCCUCAUCAACAGUCUCAUCCUGUCACUGUCCAGGCCUAUCCCCAUCACGGACUAUGUGUUCAUGGCGAUCUACACAGCAGAGAUGGCUAUCCGAGUGGUGGCGAGUGGCUUCAUCAGGCGGAAGCACUCCUAUCUCAGGGACAUGUGGAACGUUAUAGACUUUCUCGUCAUUUUUCUCGCGUAUGCAACCCUCUUCGGAGACUUCAGCAACCUUUCGGGCCUGCGCACUUUCCGAAUCCUCCGCGCCUUGAAGACGGUCUCCAUCAUUCGAGGUGACACGUCUUCCUUUGAAGAAAGCUAUGACCCGGAACCAUCCGGCUCUCAGGACUUUUCUCUGGGUAUCAACGGGUUGAAACAGGCCGUGCAAGCGCUACUGAAGUCCAUGAAGAUGCUUCUCAACGUGUUGACGCUCAUCCUCUUCUGUCUCAUCGUCAUCGCGCUGUUCGCCCUCCAGCUGUACAUGGGCGUCCUCACCAACAAGUGCGUCAGGAACCUCCCCACCAACGUCACCAACGUCACGCACGACUUCUAUGCUGCUUACACUUGGAAUAAAACUAAUUGGCAGCCCGGCCGCGAAGACUGGAAAUUUCAAGUCUGCGGAAAUGUGUCGGGUGCAGGGACAUGCGCGGAAAACUACACGUGUCUUGGAGACAUCGACGGUAAUCCAGACUACACGAGCUUCGACAACUUUGGCUGGGGGCUCCUCAUGUCCUUCGAGCUGCUAACACUGGAUUACUUCGAAAACGUGUAUGACUUGGUGAUGCGCGCAUACGGUCCCUGGAACAUGAUUUUCUUUGUGGCGGUGACGUUUUUCGGGUCGUUCUACCUGGUCAACCUCAUGUUGGCUGUGAUCGCCAUGACGUACCAAGAACAGAAGAGACAGGACAUGGAGCGGAAGAGGAAGAUGCUAGAAACAGGAGAAGAGAGCUGGAUGCUGAAAUUCAGCAGAAAACCGUACGAGAUGUGGUAUAUACUCGAGGGCGUGAAAUUAAUUGCACUCACCAAAGAGAGACUUAGCCUGCUGAACAUGCAAAUUAGACAAAGAUUUCAAAAGAGAAAACUAGCCCAUCUCCGGAAAAUCGCGAAAAGUGCCGGCAGGCAGACGGUAGAGGCCGAGGAGACCCCGCCGGUGGAAAUCCCGUUGGUGGAGCAGAACUCUACGGAGAACGUAGCCAGUGCGGAAGGUGGGCCCAGGAACUGCUGUGUGGGACCCUCUCACUACACAUGUAUAACCGUAGAACCACCAGGGUCACCGCUACGUCAUCAGAACACCAAUGGCUACGACAUGGAGUAUAUCAAGUCGACGUGCAGUUGCCAUAGAGACCGGUCACUGCAGAACCAAGAAAACAACGUGCCGCCUGCGUCCGCCAUCUUGGCUAUGAGUGCGGCAUCAACCACCAGCCCCAAUGGCGAAGCAGAGCAAGGAGAUUCCACCGAUGGGAAGUGCUGCCGAGCUCUGAAGAUAAAGAAGGAGAAGUGUGUCUCGUUCCUGUUCGACUACUGCUGUGAGUGGGUCUGCUGCACCUCCAGUUGCUGGAGCAAGUUUCAGCACUACGUCGACAGGGUGGUGUCAGACCCUCUCUUCGACUUCCUCAUCAUGAUCUGCAUCCUCAUCAACACGGGGUUCCUCGCGGUGGACCACCACGGGAUGAGUCAGAGCCUGGCAAAGACGCUGGACGACGGGAACAAGAUUUUUACGGCGAUCUUUACGGCGGAGGUGCUGUUGAAGAUGAUGGCCUGGACUCCAAAGAAGUACUUUCAGGACUACUGGAACGUUUUUGACUGUUGCAUCGUGUUCAUCAGUCUGAUAGAGUGGGGACUAGAAGGAGUUGAAGGGCUGUCUGUACUACGCUCCUUUAGAUUGGCACGAGUGACAAGAGUGUUGAAGCUGGCUAAGUCGUGGCCGACUAUGCAGCUUCUCCUGACCAUCAUCACUAACAGCAUCCAGGACGUAGGGGGCCUUACGUUCCUCCUUGUCGUCAUCAUCUACAUCUUCAGUGUGUUGGGCAUGCAGAUGUUCGGACAGGAUUACAAAGACAACUAUUUAAGGUUACCUGGGAAGGAAGUUCCUAGGUGGAACUUUGUGGACUUUCACCACUCCUUCAUGAUGGUGUUCCGGGUCCUCUGUGGGGACUGGGUCAAGCCGCUGUACGACUGCAUGGCGGUGUCGGGGUACGGCUGCGUCAUCAUGUACGUGGCCGCGCUGGCUGUCGGGAACUUUGUGGUACUGAACCUGUUUGUCGCAAUGCUCUUGAGCUCCUUUGCCUCGGAGGAACUCAGCAGCUUUGAGAACAACACCAACAGCAUCCAAGACGGCAUGAAGAGGCUCAAGGAGAUCUUCGGCCUCAACGGACUCUUCAACAGCUGCAGAAACCCUAAGAAACAGAAAGACGACUCCGUCAUAACAGUGGACAGAAAGAACCUUCUAAAAUACCUCCACGAAAGAACUCACACCAAAUUGUCCCUUGUGUCGGACAAGAGUGACCACAGCGUACAGGACUGUUUUCCUUCGGUCAUUAUGAGACUUCGGUGUUGGAAGAAGUUCAGCAUGAGCAAGUUUGGGAGAUACUGGGCCAAGUUUAGGUUAAAGACCCUCAAGAUCGUAGACAAUAACAUCUUUGAGGGCUUUAUCUUAGUCAUCAUCUUAGCCAGCAGUAUAUUACUGGCAUUCGAUGACAUCUAUCUGGACACCAGACCAACCCUACAGAAGGUGUUGGCCAUACUGGACAUCAUCUUUGCCCUUAUUUUUCUCAUUGAGAUGCUUCUAAAAUGGAUAGCUUACGGCUUUGUCAAAUAUUUCACCAAUGGGUGGUGUGUUCUUGACUGUGUCGUGGUUGCGGUAGGUCUACCCGUUUCGUUGUUCAGCAUAGCUCUGGAGUCCACCACCAAGUCGGCAAACCUGUCGGCUGUGAGGUCCCUGAGAGUGUUCCGGGCGCUGCGGCCGCUAAGGGCUAUCUCUAGAUGGCAAGGCAUGAAGGUGGUGGUGAGCGCCUUGCUGCACGCAGUACCCGCCAUCUUCAACGUCCUGCUGGUCUGCGUGGUGUUCUGGCUCAUCUUCGGCAUCAUGGGCGUCCAGCUGUUCUCCGGGCAGUUCUUCAAGUGCCUGGACCACGAGGGGGAGAGGAUCCCCGCCACGCUCAUCAACGACAAGACGGCCUGCGUCACCGGCAACUUCACCUGGAUCAACUCCAAGGUCAACUUCGAUAACGUGGGGGCGGCGCUGUUGGCCCUUUUCCAAGUGGCAACGUUUCAAGGCUGGAUAGAAAUCAUGCACGAUGCAGUGGACGUCAGAGGGGUUGACAUGCAGCCGUCCCGGGAGGCUAACCCGUACAUGUACAUCUACUUUGUCGUGUUCGCCAUCUUUGGAUCCUUCUUCACGCUCAACCUCUUCAUCGGAGCCAUCAUUGACAACUUCAACUCACUCAAGAGAAAGUACGAAGGCGAGGGGUACCUGGACAUAUUCCUGACGUCUAACCAGAAGAAGUACUACAACACGCUGAGGAAACUCAGCGACAAGAAGCCGCAAAAAAUCGUCAGUCGACCCAAGAUAAGGUGGAGGGCCGCCAUCUUUGAUUUCGCCCUCAGCAAGGAAAUGGAAAUAGCGGUCAUGGGGGCCAUCGGGCUGAACAUGGUCGCCAUGGCAAUAGAACACUACCACCAGACAGAGGUCAUCACGCAUGUCCUGUGGGUCAUUAACCUCGUCUUCACGGGGUUGUUCACCCUGGAAGCCAUCGUCAAGCUGAUCGGGAUGGGCAACCAGUACUUCCGGUUACCGUGGAACGUUUUUGAUUUCUGCAUAGUAGUUCUGUCUAUCCUGGGAUUUCUUCUGGAGGAUGUCCUGAAGAGCAGAUUUCUGACGCCGACGCUCCUGAGAGUGGUUCGUAUUUUCCGUAUCGGGCGAGUGUUGCGACUCAUCCGCGCGGCCAAGGGGAUCAGUCGCCUCCUGUUCGCGCUGCUCAUCUCCCUCCCGGCGCUCUUCAACAUCUGCAUCCUCCUCCUUAUCGUCAUGUUCAUCUUCAGCAUCAUGGGGAUGGUCUCCUUCACGCACGUGCACCACGAGGGCAUGCUGGACGAGAUCGUGAAUUUUGAAACCUUCGGACGGUCCAUGAUGCUCCUCUUCCGGUUGACCACUUCCGCCGGAUGGAACGACAUCUUGGAACCGUUGAUGAAGUACUGCGACACCAGUGAGCCCGACCACGACGGGCUCUGUAGUGGUACAACCAUACCCGCGCUGUACUUAGUGAGCUACAUCAUGGUCAGCUCUUUGAUCAUAAGGAACAUGUACAUAGCAGUAGGUCUGGAGGGCUUCAACCAGGCGCAGGAACAAAAACACGUCGGGAUCACCGAAGACGACUUCGAGUCUUUUUACAUGGUGUGGCAGAGGUACGAUCCCGACGCCACGCAGUUCAUUGACUACACUCUUUUAACCGAUCUUGUGGACGAACUGGACGAUCCACUACGAUUGCGUAAACCGAACAAUAUCAAGUUACAGACGCUAGACAUUCCCUUGGUCAGCGGGGACCGCGUCCACUGUAUAGACGUCCUGAAAGAGCUGACCACCUUCACGUAUAAGCGGCUCUGGGGAGACGUAGAGAACACGGAUGAGUUCGGGGAAAUCAUGGAUCAGAUGGAGGACACUUUCAAGAAGUCUUUCCCCACCAGAGUGAACGAGGUCGUCGUGACGACCACGGCACGCAGGGAACGAGAGUUCCGGGCAGCGGUUUUGAUACAGAGGGCGUUCAGAAACCAUCAGACGGCGAAAUGGGCCGAACUUUUGAAAAGUUUUACUAUUCACGAAACGACUGUAUGAUACACGGAUAUUUUCCCUUAUAUCUAUAUCUAUAUCUUUGAAAUAUGCACGCGCCAUCAGAUAGACAAGUGGUGCGCAUGCGCACUCCUGGACACACUGUUCUGUGUCGUCCACUGCGCAAAGCACCAUGGGAACAUCGGUGCGAUACCAUAUUCAAUAUGGCGGGUCUUCGCUGAUAGAGACCAAGUGCAGCAUCACUAUGGGCGACAGCUUUGCAAUCAGAAAAACUUUUAAUUGCAAAACCGUAUUGCUCUCGCCCAGAGAAAGCACUUUGCGCAGCUGAAAGCAAACAAAUGAAAAGAUUCUAUACCCAUUAAGAACCGUCCUUUGGAAAUUUCAAAGAUUGUUAGCUAUAGGUGAUAUUAUCAUCUGAAAAUGUCUUUUUCCGUGUCGUGUUUAAUUUCUUCUAAAUUUCUCCAAAAAGGUUAAUAAAUGAUAUACUUUUCAUUCAUACAUUUACCAUUUCAAAAUGCUGUUUCCUUCAACUAUCAGCUAUUAUUCAUUCAUACAAUCUUCAAUGAAAAGACGUCUGAAGUUCACGGUACUCUGGUCAUGUCCUUUUAUAUCAUAAAUUACUAAACAUUGGAGUAACAAAAAUUCCCCUUGUAGUUUUAGAUAACCAGCGGUUUAAUCUACUUAUUUACAGUAUUGGUGAUUGCUUAUUUCCUAGGAGAUCUUAUUACUGUAUUCGUCGAGCACCAAAGUGAAAGCGUGCCUUUGUAUACUUUGAAUUUUAACCACGACGUACUGAGUGUAUAUUUGUAGUUAUGCAAAACGUAAUGAGCGUACUAUCUACAGUAUCCGGGAAUUUUAAAAUAAUUCUGUACUAUUAAGCUCGCUCCCUAAGAGCGUCGCCAAAAUAUUAACAGACUGAAACUUUAACGUGUACGAAUACACCCUCGCAAAUUUCAUAAAUUGUUGAACAAAUACCGGCACGUAAUGUUGUUUCCGAUACAGUGUCCGAAAGAAGGAAAUAUUAUGAAAUAUCUUUGCUCAAAACGUCAAGACAACUGUCCUGUUCGUUAAUUGAAUCUUGUAGAGUAGGCCUAUAACUUGUAAAUUCCAUAUCAAUUACUGCUACGUGACGGUAACCAAAAAUGCUACUUAAAAUUGACCUGGCACCUUCCGAGUUUAACGACCCAAUAUGGCGGACAAUGCUUACGUAAACGCAACUGAAGGGCAUACAGACCAUCUCUACCAUUUUUGCUGUAGUGGUAUUUUUACAUUUUGAUCAACACCGGAAAACCCACUUAGUCCAAAAAAUGUAGUUUCUGUCAGAAAUUGAUAGUAAACGUGAUAUUUGUCUAGUGAACAGUGCAGGUUGGCCAAUGAUAUGAAUUGGUCUUUACAACAGUUAUUGAUUGAUCUUCAGGAAGUUAUGCGGCGAAACAGAAAAUCAAGAAAGUGUGGUUUAUGACGUAUCUCUAUUGUUAUAUAUUAUAAAGCAUCGUUAUUCGGUCUCUUUUCAUUUGUUGAAUGAGUGCGUAGUUUGAGAUAGACUCUUCAUUGCUUUUUUAAUCAGUCAUUUUUUACUGAUAUGUUUACGUCAAUGUGUAUAUAUAAAUAUCAAUGAGAAUCACUGUGUGAGAUUUAACUUGUACCCGGGAAGAAAAAGAUUGUUAUUCAGUCAUGACAUUUAUCAAACUUUCAUCCGACAACGUGAUAUCUAUGCAUAUGGAAUCUUGUGGGUCAGUGACAAAAAAAUUCACCAACCAAAUGUGAAUCACAACUUCAUUUUUUAGCUUGACUGUCCAAAAAUCAAAGCCAGAUCAGACACCUUUAUGUUUCAUUGAUGACCGAAAAGAAGGCGAUUUUAGCAGUGCACUGCGCAUUGCUAAAUUCAAAUAUUUCAUGUUGAUGGUACAUGUAGUAAAAAUAGCUAUCAGAUUUGUUACAAAACGGUUGCCCGUAUUAUCCCUGUGUGCGGUUUUAGACAGAAUAGUUAUUUGCUUGGUCGUCUAUUUUUUGUACAAAGAAGGCUUUUCAGGCGCAUAGAGCGACAAAAAUUAUUGUUUCUUAGAGGAAAACAUACAGUGAUCGUGAAAAACUUUAAAUCAUUAAAAUAAAAUAAACUCAAAUUUGUAUUUAGUACAUUUGCAUCGAUCCACAAAAGAUUACCUGUUUGAUCCGCUGGCUCUCAUUGAGUAGGACCUUUCUGGUACCUACUGCGCAUGCGCAACGAAAUGCACUGUGGUGUACGGGUCAAAGGUGAAAUUCUAGUCUAUACCAUACUUAAUACAUAUCCGGACGUGUUUUGUUUAUGUCUCGGGGAUUUUUACCAUUGACAUAUUACCCAAAAUGUAUUUCGCUGUGCGUGGUUAUUCUUUAAUAAAUAGGCGUAGUCAUGCAACGGUGUUGACUUUUGUUUAUAAGUAUAUUUCCACCUUCUUAAGCUUAGCGUUAAAAGCUCAUAUCACGUUACAUCAGACGUACAUGUCUUCCUAUGACUAUUCGUGGGGAAUGACGUCACAGGACUGUGAGCUCUCUGAUUGGUCAGAAGGAUGUUUCCAGAAAAGGAUACAUUCUAGACUGUAAGAAGAUUUUCGUUUCCACGUCAGCUGAACCAUUUAUUAGGCAUGUCAUGUAUCAGAUCGAUUUGUAAAUCAUAACAUAAGGUCAUAAGAUGUUUUUUAAAAAGUUUCAAACAAUUGUACAUGUGAUAAAAUCGACCGUUGUGAAUCCAGCUUAGCACAGACGUAACUCGUGGUAUAGAUGUACAAAACUUUUAGCAACACGACGAAUGUAUAAAGAUCAUGACUGGUGUACAAUAUGUGCAUAAGAAUCGACGACUUUUGUAACCCGCGACAUUUCAAUAAAGUAUAUGUUCCUCCCAUGGCCGUGCUAGUCUUCUUGCAAAACAGGCUCAAAAAGAAGGACUUACAUUUAAUAGGUACCCCCCCCCCAAAAAAAAAAACACACACACACACACACAAACACAUACUUAAAUUACACCAAUGUGUUGCAGUAACAGAAAAAAGAGAAACAAAUGAUUUUGCAGUGGAAAUGCUUUUCUACUUCCUUUUACAACACUAUAUGGUAUAAUAAGGUUUUAAAACAUUCUUUAGUAAAAAAAACGUCGUACCAGCGCAACAAUGCUUGAAUUAUAUCUAGAAUAUAGCGUAAAAAUGUCUUCAACAUGAUCUAGUAUUAGCUAUAAAAUGAUGUAGUUCGUAGAUUGUCAUUAAAAAAACAUU